CAUGGGGGGCUAGUUUUGGGGAGGGGUCUGUGUGCGGUUGGGGCCAGCAGGGGCCCCGUGGGUGAGCCAGAGGUGGGUGGGUGGGUCUGCCUGGCUGGUCUCUGGUGGGCUUCACGGCCCCUUUCUCUCCUCCCUGUGGCCUCCCCAGCGAGCCAGCUGAAGAGCGACGCUGCCAGCCUCUUACCGGAGGGAAAAGUCAAAGUGAAACUGGACUACGAUGGGACCGUUCUGGAAGUGGACGAAGAUGAUAUCGAAAAGGCCAACCCUCCGUCCUGCGACCGCUUGGAGGAUCUGGCCAGUCUGGUCUACCUCAACGAGUCCAGCGUCCUUCACACCCUCCGCCAGCGCUACGGCGGGAACCUCAUCCACACCUACGCCGGCCCCAACCUGGUGGUCAUCAACCCUCUCAGCUCUCCAUCCAUGUACUCCGAGAAGGUGGGUUUGCAGAGGACGUAG